AUUACAGUUCCCGUAUGAGCUUCUACGCGUUCACUGCACUGAAUAACUAUUACAUGCACAUAAGUGGUGUGUAGGUUCAUGGAGAAGAUGAUGUCGGCGCUUCACCCGGAGAUGGCCCGCUUGGAGGGAGACUCGGUCGACGGACCGGGAGGCCUAGCCGCCGACUUUGACGGUUCGUUCUCGGGCCUCGGCGUUGAGCUUGGCUCAUCAACGUAUAACAUGAGCGAGGCACUUCUCGCAUUGCCCGUCUUCAAGUACGAGAAGCUUGAACAUGGAUUUCAGUAUGUGCUGGGAGCUGCCACAUCACCCGCUACAAGAAUGAAUGAGGAGACACUUACAUACUUAAAUCAGGGACAGUCCUAUGAAAUCAAGUUGAAGAAACUCAGUGACCUUGGCAGCAUGAAGGGGAAACAGCUGAAGAGCAUAGUGCGCGUCUGUUUUCACGAGCGGCGGCUGCAGUACAUGGAGGUCGAGCAAAUGGAGCAGUGGACGCAGACGCAUCGAGGCCAACGCAUCCUCAACAUAGACGUUCCACUCUCUUAUGGAAUAUCAUCGGUGAAGAAUCUGAACAUCAACCAGAUUGAGCUUGUCUGGGAUCCGAUGAAGGAUGCCGGAAUAUUCAUUCAGGUGAACUGCAUAAGCACGGAGUUCACAGCGAGGAAGCAUGGAGGAGAGAAGGGCGUGCCAUUCCGCAUACAGGUGGACACGUUCACGUACCCGGCGGGCAGCGGCGGCGGCGGGGACGGCAGGGAGGACGAGCCUCGCCACCUGCACAGCGCCUCCUGUCAGGUGAAGGUGUUCAAGCCGAAGGGUGCGGAUCGAAAGCACAAGACGGACAAAGACAAGAUGGUCAAGCGAUCGCCGUCGGAGCAGGAGAAGUACCAGCCGCCGUACGACUGCACCGUUCUCACCGAGGCGUGUCACGAAUGCAGGGCAGGCGACGUCACGAUCGGUCCCUGGCGGAUGCGCUUCACUAUUAAGUGCCUCGCAGUCAGAGCAUGGGUCACUGAUAGCAUGUAG